AUGUGUGACUCCAUCCAAGCCCUAAUUCAAACCUUGGUAACCAAUCAGCAAGUCAGUCUACAACAGGCCCAGGAACAAGCCCAAGCACAGGCCCAGGCACAGGCGUUGGCACUGGCACAGGUACAGGCACAGGUACAGGCACAGGCACAGGCACAGGCCACUGCUCAGGCCAAUGCCCCAGUAAACCCUCCACAACCGGUUAGAUGUUCAAACUGGAUAAGGGAUUUCAAGAGAUACGACCCUCGACCAUUCACUGGUUCCCUGGUAGACCCCAUAGAAGCCCAAAUGUGGAUUGCAGCGGUGGAAACCACCUUUGAGACUAUGGAGUGCCCAGAGAACCAAAAGGUCGCCUGUGCAACCUUCGUCCUACAAAAGGACGCAAAGAUAUGGUGGAGAGAUAAUAAAACCCUCCUUAACCCAGAAGGGGGACCAAUGAACUGGGAACGAUUUAAGGAGGCCUUCCUUAAAGAAUAUUAUCCUAAGUCAGAGCAACUUAAAAGGCAGCAGGAGUUCGCCCACCUGGUACAGAGAGGACUCACAGUGGAGAAGUACAACAGAGAGUUUAAUAAACUCAAGAGAUUUGCACCGUCCAUGGUGGACACUGAGGAAAAGAUGACAGAGAAAUUUGUAUUGGGUUUGGAACAAAGAAUCCGCCGCAUGUUGGAGGCGUUCAACCCAAAGACCUAUGAGGAAGCCUUGAGAACUGCCAAGGCUUUAGAGAAACCAAAGGAUGAGAAACGACGUGAAGAGCCAGUUAUAAUUGGGCAGAAGCGUCCUCAUGAAUCAGGAGGCUCUGACCGUCCACCACCAGCACGUAGGCACCGUCCCAAUAACAGACCCGCUCCUAGAUGGGAUGAGCGACGCCCUCCCCGACAUACUGACAGGAACCCCAGGAAUCAAGAUGGGGCCAAAGGGAGGAGAGAGGAAGGGUGCACUAUCUGUGGAAGACUACACGGUGGGAGGUGCAUGGCUGGCAGCCGAGCGUGUUAUAGAUGUGGUCAGGAGGGGCACAUCGCCGUGAACUGCACGGCCGGAAAUGCUGCAGCACAAGCAAACCCGCCCAGAGUAGUAGAGCAAACGGAUCAACCAGCACCACCGCGAGCUCAAGCUAGGGCAUACGCGUGA